GUGAAAGUAACUUAGUCAGUCAGUCUGAGCGGGAGAAAAUGGCUUGCCGUCAGGAACUGUUCGACUGCUCUGUCUGUUUACAGUUACUGGAGGAUCCAGUGACUACUGCCUGUGGACACAGUUACUGUAUGAAGUGCCUCAAUACCUUCUGGGAUACAAACAACAACGGGGGAACAAUGUACAGCUGCCCUCAGUGCAGGCAGACUUUCUCCCCAAGGCCUGUUCUGAUGAGGAACACACUCCUGGGUGAUCUGUUGGAGGAACACAAGAAGACAAUCAGUCAAAGUGCUGCCGACACCUUUGCUGAACCUGGUGAUGUGCCGUGUGAUGUUUGCACAGGUAGAAAAAGAAAAGCUUCCACCUUCUGUCUCGUCUGUUUGGUCUCUUACUGUGAGACUCACCUGAAGCCUCACUUUGAAGUGCCUCCAUUAAGAAAACACAAUCUGAUUCAAGCCUCUGCAAGGGUCAAAGACAGCAUCUGUGGCCGUCAUGACAAACUUUUGGAGAUUUACUGCCGCACUGAUCAGCAGUUCUUAUGCCUGCUAUGUGUGAUGGGUGAGCAUAAACACCAUGACACUGUGGCAGUCGCAGCAGAAAUGUGUCAAAUGCAGAUACAACUGGACUGGUCCAAACAGGAAAUAGCAGACAGAGUGUUGGAGUCAGAGAGGAAAAUGGCGGAGCUGAGAGAGGCUGCAGACUCAAUAAGAGAUGCUGCAUGGGAGGCGAGUGAUAACUUUGAGCAACUGUGUGUGGAGCAAAUCCGCUUUGUGGAGAAGAAGCGCUCAGAGAUGAGAGAUAAAAUUGGAGAAGCUGAGAAGGCUGGAGUGGACUGGACCAACAGUCAUCUUGCACAACUGAAGCGUGAAGUGCUUGAGCUGAGGAGGAGACAGGAAAAACUCAACCAACUUUCACAAACAGGGGACCCUGUUAACUUUUUUCAGGGUUUUCAGGCCCUGGGAAAUCCACCUGCAUUCACAGACUUAUAUGAAAGACCUGACAUGCUGGUCAAGUUUGUCACUGCACAGAAAGAUAAACUGAAAAAUAUGUGCAGCAAAGAAAAGAAUGAAAUAUUCAGUCAAUCUGAAAAAACUUUGUUGUCAGCAAAAAUGCCAAGCCUGAAAAAAAUACCAAGAAUAUCCAUUCUGCCAAAAAACAGGAACUCAAAUGUGGAGGUGGAUCCCAACACCGUAGCUGCAUGUCUUUCCUUGUCUGAUAAAAACAGAGAGAUAUCGUGGAGCGGUGUGGACCAGGCUCAUCCCGAUCACCCUGACAGAUUCACCUACUUUAACCAGGCUCUGUGCCAAAAAGGCCUUACAGGCAGCCACUACUGGGAGGUGGAGUGGGAUGGUGGCAUUGUUGAGUUAGCUGUGUCGUACAAAAACAUUAAAAGAAAGGGUUCCGGCAAAGAUUGCUGUUUUGGCCACAAUAAUCUCUCCUGGAAAUUAAUCUGCUCUUCGUCCGGUUGCAGGUUUUGGCACGAUAAUAUUCACAAAGGCAACAUUCCUCCGGUUCACUCCCGCAGAGUAGGCAUACACCUUGAUUACGAAGCAGGAAGUCUGAGCUUCUACAAUGUUUCUGACCCUGACACGUUGACACUGCUCCACCAAAUCCAGACCACCUUCACUAAACCUCUCUAUCCUGGGUUUUCUGUUGAUUUAGGUUCAACGCUUAAAAUAUGCAACAUUUAAGCAACAUUAAUCACUACUGUCUAUUUCAAAGGUUUUAGCUACAAGACAGAAAACCACAAGUAAAUAUUAACAUAUGCAGCAUAUUUGUGGGUCGUUUUAAUUAUUAAUUACCACAUUUAAUGCCUUUUCAGUAGCAAUGAUGAUAAACUCCAGAAGUAACAAAAUAAAGUAAAAGUAAUCUGAAAACCUUACACAUUUACACAUGUUGAGUCUGACGAUUCCAAGAGAUAUUACUUAUUUUAAUUACAAAACUUUAUAUUGUGUCAUUUUAUGAUUAAAUCAUUUUUUUUAUUCUUUUUUGUGCCACAUGGUGUAUGUCCUUCAAGCCUCAAAGUUCACAUUAGGGUGCAGUAACUUGUAGUCUGAUUUAUAUUGUGACGAGAGCUUAGAAUAUAUAAAUUGUCAUAUUGUAUGUUUUGUCUCAACUGGUUUUAUGGUUUAUUUCAUGUUUUUGUUGUGUUGUUUGUUACAUGUUGGAGAACUACAAUGGAAAUAAGUCUUACUGUCUUUUAAUUCUUGAUGACUGUAACUACUGCUGUGCAUAUUCUGUAUUUUUAAUUAUCCAAAAAAAUCAAUCAAGCAGACAUCAAUUUAGCUUAAUAGACUCAAAUAAAGGACCAUGCUUUCAUAA